AUGCUAAACAAAAUGGCUACUGACAUGUUUCAACCUGGGAGUAGCAUUAUACCAGCUACACUCGUAGAACUCUCCGUUUCUUGCAGAAAAUUAAUUGAUGCUGAUGUCUUUUCUAAAUCAGACCCCAUGUGUGUGUUAUUUACACAAGAUCCUGGAAGCAAGAAAUGGACAGAGUUUGGACGGACAGAAAUUAUCUGGAAUAACCUAAAUCCAGAUUUUGUUAAAAAAUUCAUCAUUCAUUACUUCUUUGAAGAAAGUCAAAAACUGAAAUUUGAAAUCUAUGAUGUUGACUCCAAAAGUGCCAAACUAGAUAAGCAUGAUUUCCUUGGAAAACUGGAAUGUACUCUAGCAGAAAUUGUAAUUGCUAACCGACUUGUAAAAAGAUUACAAGCCUCUGAUGAAGAUUGGGAUGACAGGAAAAACAAUGAAGGUGGUCCAAAACGAGACAGUGGUGUUAUUAUUGUUAAUGCUGAAGAAUUAUCAUCAUGUAAGGAGGAGGUUACAAUGCAAUUUAGUGCACAUCAAUUGGAUAAAAAAGACUUUUUUGGAAAAUCUGAUCCCUUCCUAGCAUUUUAUCGCUGCAAUGAAGAUGGAAGUUUUACAGUUGUGCAUCGGACUGAAGUAAUAAAACGCACUUUAAACCCCACCUGGCGAACUUUUACUAUCAACAUUCGCUUAUUAUGUAAUGGAGACUAUGAAAGGCCAAUCAAAGUGGAAUGUUAUGACUGGGAUGCUGAUGGCGGGCAUGAUUUGAUUGGUGUUUUUCAAACAACACUUAGAGAGCUCUCAAAAGGCCGAGACAUUUCAAAUGUUUAUGAGUGCAUCAACCCAAAGAAAAAAGCCAAGAAGAAAAAAUAUCGAAAUUCAGGAACAAUAGAAUUAUUAAGUUGUUCCGUUGACAAAGUUUUUACAUUUUUGGAUUAUAUUCGUGGAGGAACACAGAUACAUUGUACAUUUGCAAUUGAUUUCACUGCCUCCAAUGGUAAUCCAACCAGUCCCAGUUCACUUCACUAUAUUAGCCCCUAUAAUCUCAACCCAUAUGCAACAUCUCUUCAUGCAGUUGGAAAUAUUAUUCAAGAUUAUGACACGGAUAAACUAUUUCCAGCUCUUGGAUUUGGUGCUCGUCUCCCUCCAAAUGGUAUUGUUUCCCAUGAAUUUGCCUUGAAUGGUAACCCAGAAAAUCCGUAUUGCCAUGGUAUUCAAGGAGUUAUAGAUGCAUAUCACAAAACUCUUCAUUCAGUACAACUUUAUGGACCAACCAACUUUUCACCAUGCAUCAAUCAUGUUGCUAAGUUUGCAGCUUUACAACAAGAUGGGAAUGAUUACUUUAUCUUGCUAAUACUAACAGAUGGAAUUAUAACAGACAUGCCGCAGACUAUGGAGGCUAUUGUGAAUGCAUCCAAACUUCCUAUGUCAAUCAUCAUCAUUGGUAUUGGAGAUGCUGACUUUGAAGCCAUGGAAAUCCUUGACGGAGAUGAUGUCAGAGUGUCAUCCAGAGGUCGAUAUGCUGAGAGAGAUAUUGUCCAGUUUGUACCCAUGAGAAACUUUGCCUUCAACAAUCAAGGUGAUAAUUCUUUGACUGUUCAAGCUCGUUUAGCAAAAGAAGUUUUAGAAGAAAUACCAGAACAAUUCUUGUCCUAUAUGAAGAAACAUAAUGUCCGGCCGAAGCCUCCACUUUUAAGACAACCAACCAUCUCUUCCAUCACGUCCCUGCCUGCAUCAGAACAAUGA